AUGUCACUCUUCGCGGAAGGUGUCGUUAAGAAAAGGGGCCGGCCUAGAAAGAAUGCGGUGGUCGGAGAAUCGAAUGGAGAUGGAAAUGCAGAUGUGACACUCGAGAGCGAAAGUGGUGCGGUGGUGUCUUCGGGCUUGAAGACGAAGACGAAAACGCGAGGCAAAGGGAAAAUAGAGGCCAAGAAAUCGGCAUCAGUGGCGGCAUCAUCACCACCAGCACCAGCGCAGUCACCACCAUCGGCAUCGACGUCGACAUUGACCACACCAUCGCCAUCACCGCCCUCGAAAAGAGGACCAAAAAGUCAAGUCCGAGAUGCUGGUCUUGCAGACGCCGUUGAUGAGUCGAACCCCGCAGCUACUCGUACGGCGGCGGUAAAGGCCGUAGCUGGGAGUAAAUCGCGAGGAAAAGCCACGUCGAGGUCUUUGGGCGUCAAGAAGCAAGAAUCGGUGUCUCCAGACGUCAAGAAGCAGGAAUCAGAAUUGGUGUCUGUUCGCGAUUCAACGCCACCAAGAAGAAACACGUCCAAAGGCGAAACCCGGGUAGAAAACGCUGCUGUUGUAUCUCCAUCUCCAUCCUCAUCAUUGCAAGGAGAGGGCACGGCGCCCGCAAUACAGCCUGAAACUUCAAAUCCCUCACAGACAAGCUCAAGGGAUAUCUCAAUCUCGAUCUCUAAGAUCCUACAGCAGGCGAAGGCAUUCUCUACACACUCGACGCAGCUACAGCAAGGUAUUCUGGCGUUUGUGGACGAGCGAGAGACGGAGAGGGAGUGCGAGGCUCUGAUAUCUCCAUCUUGGACACAACCCUCCGCCGACGUCGAGAUACAAGUGUCAGCUGCUCCUCCCAUGACGAUCGCAGGGUCGCUACCGUCCACCGUUCCUGCUAUCGAUAUCGCUAUCGAGCACCAAUCUUUAUCCUCCACGGCGACUCAUUCACCACCGUCUCCGUUAGCGUCACAAUCACAGCCCCAGCAACCACCACCAUCACCACAACCGCUCUCACUAGGAACGAUGCCUCUACCGCCUAUUCAAUUCAAGGGCACCACCGCCGCCGCUGCCGCCGCCACGGGCUUCGCAGGACAUAUCCGAGCUUACUCAUCCACAUCACCGCUCCCAAUGUCCACCACCGUGGCGCUCGCGGCGCGGGGACAGAGCCGUACAAAUUUACCUCCUGCCCCGCCACGUCGCACUGCACCAACGACGACAGCUCCAGCUCCAGAACCGCGUCAUCCCCUCCCCUUCACGCCACCCUCGGCCGCCGUGCCCAUCGGGCCGCGACCGCCCAAACUGUCUGAAAUGCCGCUGGAGCAGCGCAAGAAGGAUCCCCGCUACAGGAAGGCCACGGUCCGGUAUACGGCUGCGAUUGUGGCAUUGCCGUUUGCCAUUGUAACGAGCUAUCUUUUGUGGGAGAAGUAUCAGGAACAUCAAAUCUACUUGCAGAGAGUUAGGGAGGCGAGAGCAGCGGCGGAUACGACGGUUACCACGGCCGCAAAUACAACCCGGGGUGGUCCAAGUGUGGGUGGCGGUUCAGCUUCAGGUCUGCUUGAACGAGGUGUGCCACGUGGCUCUACUCCCGGGAGGCAGGAUCGAGAGUAG